UGGAAAGGCAAAUGAGGAUCUUAUCUCUGCUUGUCGUACCAUGCAAGAGAAGUUUUCAGGUAAAGAACUUUACCAAGCAGCUUGUGCCAUGCUGGAAAUGGCCAAAAAUUUUCAACCUGAAAUCCGGGAAGCUUACGGCAGCUUGUUGAAGCUGUCCCGGCAACAACACAACAUUCCGCUGGAUCCAAAAUUACUAAAGGGGUUGAUUGAUUCUCUCGCAGAGAAUUUAACUGAUCUUGUUGACUCGGAAGAUCUGAUUGCUUCUCUGAAGAAACAAAUACCAGUCCUCAAGGAGAAGCUGAGGUUCCUCAGAAAUUUCCUGGACAUUACUGCCAAGAAAAGCAUUCCAGACCAGAUAAUGCAGUCUUUUUUGUCAUAUGUUCAUUUCUCAGCUUCCACUGCAGCAUCUCUGUCCUAUUGUUGCUGGACUGAUGAAAUGGAUGAAAUCGUAGCAGGCGGAAUGAACAUUAAGCUCUCUGAGCUGGUGUGGAAGAUUAUGCCUGACACUCUAGAGCUCAUGGAGAUGUAUGUUGGACUUCUGAAAGCUUCAAAGUUGGCUACUUCUGAUGAUGCAAAGACAGAUGAAGUUGCGAGUUUUGCUAAGUUUCUAUUGGAAAACUUUGUGAGUUUCACGGACAAUAAAGCUUCAAUGAUUCAGGAGGAACUAAUAUUCCUGCUGUCUUUUAUGAUUGGUCUCCAAGAGGAGUGCACAGGAGAUUUGGGACAGAUCUCAGCAAAUAUUAAAACCAUUGCAAGGGAGGCAGGAUAUUUGGAGUACAAGCACCUUCUCAAUGAAGGGACAGAGGACCAGAUCAAGGAGAUGAAGCAUGUGGCUGAUAAGUUGCUUGAAAAGAUGAAGCUUGUCAAAGCAGAGAUACUUCUGAUAGAGCUACUACACUCAGAGGACAGUCUGUUUGUCCUCAUGAGAGAUGCAAAUGCAGCAAUCCAUGAGGAGCUGAAAUUCUUCAAGUCAUUUUUGUUGAAUCCAAAGCAAGACGGGGAAUCUUUCCUAAAACAAGCUGAAACGGUUGCCAGUGAGGUUACAUCUCUUAUCCACUCAAUUCAUGGCAAAAAAUUUAACGAAGAAAUGGUUACAAAAAUAAAUCUUGAUCUUUUUUGGUUGCUAGAAAAGAUUAAGCUCUUUAGAUCAGAGAUCCAUUUGAAUGAGCUAAAAAAUAAAGAGGCCAAUUCGUUGUUCCCCAUGAGGGGUGACACUGAAAUUCUUUACAAGGGACUGAGGUCAUUGAGGGCAUUUCUCAUGGAUAUCCCUGACAAUGACGAGAACAGGGAGGAUAGGAAAUUGUAUUUAACAUAUCUAGAAGCUGCAAUUAGUGAAUUACAACCUCUCGAUCUGCCACUUCGUGUCAACAAAAUAACAGAAGACUUGGUAGAUGUAUAUUUGGCGAAAGGCAACGCUGUUGCCAAUGAUUCAGGAUCUCAAAACUGUUCAGUUGGUGAAAGUAUGAUGCAAAAAGGUAUGCAAAUUCAUCCAUUUGCAUCUGAAGUGCUACAGUUAUUUGGGCUUUUCAAGGCUCAUAUGGGACAGAUAUAUCUCCAAGAUGUAAAGUCAUUGCAGUCAAAUCUUCCCAGGACUGAUGAUCUAGGAUUUAUCAACUCUCUCUUGCAAAAUCUGAGGGAGUUGCUGAAUCACGAUGCAAAUCAUGCAGCAUCUUUCGCAAAGCAACAUCUUCAAAUGGUAUGCGAGGAAUUAGAGUUCCUCCAAUCUUUCCUCGUAAAAAGUGUGAAGCAAAAAAAUGACCGUGCAGAAGUUCGAGAUCUUUGGACGUGCAUUACCAAAGUUGCUUAUGAGGCAGAAUGGGUCAUUGACUCAUUUGUCCUUAGAGAUGGCCCUUUUACCUAUCACAUGCUGUGGCUUUCUGCCGUCAUGGAGUACAUUAAGCUUAUCAAAGCAAAGGCCAUUUGUGUUCAGGAAAAGUAUUACAAUGAAGUUCAAGACAUCGCCAAGCCCUCAGAUCGGGCACCCUCAUCGGUUAGUACUCCGGAAUUGGAUGAAGUUGUUGUAGGUUUCAAUAAUGAGGAGAAGGAGAUUAAAGGUGUUCUAACAAGAGGAGAAAUGAAGAUGGAUAUCAUCUCCAUUGUAGGAAUGCCAGGGCUUGGCAAGACAACACUGGCCAAAAAAGUGUACAACUCUCCCUCUGUUGCCUCUCACUUCCAUGUUCGUGCUUGGUGUUGCAUCUCUCAAAAGCAUCAGAGGAGACAGUUAUUACUUGAUAUCUUGUGCCAAAUUAUUGAGAUCACUGAUCAGAUCCGCAGACUGGAUGAUGAUGAUAUAGCUACAAAGUUGUACCAAUCUUUGAAAAGGAAAAGAUAUCUCAUUGUGAUGGACGAUCUGUGGGAAAUUGGAGCAUGGAGUGACAUGAGGCAAUCAUUUCCAGAUGAUAAGAAUGGUAGCAGAGUUUUGUUCACAAGUCGACAGCAAGAUUUGGGUUUACAAGCUAAAGAAGAUGGCAAAACUUUCCCUCUUUGUCCACUUUCUCAGGAUGAAAGUUGGCAGUUAUUGCAAAAGAGGGUAUUCUGUGAAGUAGACUGCCCUAACACAUUGCUGGAAGUUGGAGAGAGAAUUGCAGAAAAUUGCAAAGGGAUACCUCUUUCACUUGUUGUGAUAGCUGGUCUCCUUGCAAGAACAGAGAAGACUCCAGACAGGUGGAAGCAAGUUUUGGAAAAGUUGAGCUCUUAUAUUUUUGCGGAUCCAGAGGGAGGAUGCAUGCAUGCACUAGGAUUGAGUUAUGAGCACUUGCCAGACAAUUUGAAGUCGUGCUUUCUUUAUUUUGGUGCAUUCCCAGAAGACGCAGAAAUUCCAGCCUGGAAAUUGUCAUGCCUAUGGAUUGCAGAAGGGUUUGUACAAAAUACUGACUCUAAGAGCUUGGAGGAUGCUGCAGAGUAUUGCUUGUCAGAAUUAGUAUCUAGGAGCCUAGUCAUUGUGGCAAAAAAAAGGUCCAAUGGCAAAGUGAAAUCAUUUCGAGUUCAUGAUCUGUUACGGGAGCUGUGCUUGAAAAAAGCCAAAGAAGAAAACUUUUUCCAGCUGAUACAUGGGUAUAAACAACUUUUUUCGCCUUCUCGUGAGGCCGAGGGUCUGGAUUAUGAUGCAGAUUCCAAUAACAGCUUUUCAUCAACUCCCCUGGAAUACCAAGACCGACGGCUGUGCAUUUGUUCUAAGCGAAAGCUUUUUAGUCUGCUGAAACCUUGUGGUAGACAGAAUUUUAAACUUGUUAGAGUGUUAGAUGUGGAAAGCAUCAACAUGGGUGAUUCCUUUCCCAUUGGACUAGAACUACUUGUUCAGUUGAAGUAUUUGGCAGUUAGAGGUGAUGUCAAAUCUGUUCCAUCAUCAAUAUGCAAGCUCUGGAAUUUAGAAACAUUUCUUGUGAAGGCAUUAAGGGGUGAGGUUCUGGUGCCAUCUUCCUUUUUGAAUAUGAAGAGAUUGAGGCGUGUACAUAUAAAUGAUCGUGUUGCUUUCAGCUCGCUAAAUGAUAAAUCUGAUUGUUCUUCGCUAGUAGAGAACAUGGAAACGUUUUCCACUCCAGCUCUUUCAUAUGGAAGUGUUACAGAAAAGAUGUUGAGAAGGUUUCCGAGUCUUCGGAAACUAAGAUGCAUUUUUGUGGAAUCUUCGGAUUACUCCAAGAAGUUCACCAAAUUUCCUGUAUUGGAUUUUCUAACUCACCUUGAGUCUCUGAAGAUACUUUAUCAUGGCAUGGUUAGUCAGCCUUGCGAGUUCAACUUGCCCUUGAAUCUCAAAAAAUUAACUCUGUCAAAAUUUCGCUUACCAUGGAGUCAAAUAUCGACAAUUGGGAAGCUACCCCACCUUGAAGUUCUGAAGUUACUGUCAAGAGCCUUUGAUGGACAAAUUUGGGAAAUGACGGAGGGAGAAUUUCAGAGUCUCAAAUACCUGAAAUUUGACAACCUAUGGAUUGCUCAAUGGAAAGCUUCCAACGAUCACUUGCCUUGCCUGAGGCAUCUUGUAUUGCAAAGGUGUAAAAAACUGGAGGAAGUUCCGUCCAGUCUUGGGGAUAUCCGUACAUUGGAGAGAAUUGAAGUACAUUGGUGUAGCCAAUCUGCUGCAGUUUCCGUCAAGGAAAUUGAAGAUGAGCAACGAGACAUUGGAAAUGAGGAGCUUAUGGUCCUAAUAUCUGGAAUGGAACAAUAGAGUUCUUUGCAGGAAGUGGAUUAGAUGUCUGCUCAUAUUAGCAGG